AUGGCCACCCAGCAUUAUUACCAGGCUGAUCCCUACCUACAAUACCAAUCCAAGGCAUCAGCACCAGCGGCAAGCCCACCAGCAAACUACCCAUCGUCAGCAUAUCGCCCCUACUAUCUGUUUGAAGCUGGGAGACCUUCGUCCCCUAGUCUUGUUUCGUCCGGCGGACACACUUUCAGCUCUGCUAGUGGCUACCAUGAGUCCAGCUCUGCAUCCUACUCUGGCGUCGAUCUCCGCGGGGUUCUGAGCGACCGCAUGCAAGAUAUAUAUGAUCCAAUACCGUUGGACAAAGGCCUGGCAGAACAGGCACAAACCUCUGGUCGGCUAAACGCAAAGCAGCAAGAACUGCUUGAGCUCCAAGCUCUAGCACAGCGAAGACUGAAAAACGUGCGCUCAAAUUUCAACGAAGGCCUGAAAACGGCACGAGAGACAAAGCGCGAUCUCGAAUGGACUGAAAAGCGCGUCAGUGCCCUGAAGACUAAAGCCGAGAAAUUACACCCGGAGGAAUACCGUCGGUCUUCGAAGAAGUACACCUAUGACGGAUACUAA